GCGUGUUUACCUGCACUGUUUUGUGCAGUCAUACACUACAUGACAGCGGUUUCACCAUAACGAUUGAGAAAUAGCAUUACUGUACAGAAACAUUAAUGACACUCCCGUAACCUUCUGAAUGUUGCCGUCUUCAUCAUUUUGCCUUUGAGACUGACUGGCCUGCAGGGAUCGGAUUAACUUCGUGUAGCACCUUCUAGGAGAGGAGAGCUAGCUACACACUAAAACGGGAGGUUAACAGAAGAGGGGACGGUUCUGGAACGUCAUUCCUCGAUGCAUUCCUAAUUCGCCACCGUUAGCCUUUCAUCAGGCCAAAUGGAGGACUUGGAUGUGGACCAGGUGACCCUGGCAUUGCUGGACGCCGCUAAUGACAAAGACUCAUUAGUGCAGGAGCAGGUGCGGAAGUCCAUACUAACUCUGGGCAGCCAGCAGCCAGAGAGGGUCCUCUCCAUGUGCCAGGACUACCUAGUGAAGCAUCCUAAGCUGAUUGUUGGACAUAGAGUUGUCAUACUGCAGACUAUUGAGCUUGUGGUGAAAAGCAAGAUCGAUGAGAUCAGUUACCCUAAAAUCAAGAGCGUAAUUUCUCUGGCCUCAGAUGAAAUGACAAGGUCAAAGGAGGUGGUUCCAGAUUGGCAGCAGGCAGCUAGCAACAUACUGGUUGCAGUUGGUAACAAACACAUUAAUGACAUAAUGGAGGAGAUCCUAAGCAAGUUCCAGCCAGGGGUCCUACCGCAUUUCUUUGUGGUCCAAACAUUAGCCAGUCUCUCUGAUUCUAAUGUUUAUGGAAUGGUUCCCUUCCUCAAUGCCAUUCUGGGGACUAUGCUGCCAAUGCUGGGCAUGGCUAAACAAGACAAUAUGAAGUGGGUGUUCUCCUCUGCACUCUCGCACUUCAGUGAGAGCAUUCUGGAAUACCUCGCCAACUUGGACAAGGCCCCGGAUCCCACAGUGCGCAAGGACACCUUCUCCAGCGAGAUCUACGCCUCCUAUGACAUCCUCUUCUCCAACUGGCUCCAGAGCCGCGAUUCCAAGCUGCGUCUGACUGUGGCGGAAGCUCUGGGGCCUAUGAGCCACCUGAUGGCACAUGAUAAGCUGGAGGAGCAGUUGCCCAAACUCCUACCCACAAUCCUCUCUCUCUACAAGAAGAACCCCGAGCAUUACAUCAUCAGCAAGAGUCUGUGCCAGAUUCUAGAUGCUUCUGUGAGCAUGGGGAGCCGGGUGUUGGAGACUCAGCUGGACAGUCUGCUUCAGGCUCUGCACCAGCAGAUUUGUGCACCCAUGGACUACAGCAACCCUCCUACUGUGAAGAACCACAACGAGAUCUUACGAUGCUUCAGUAUUCUAGCCAACACCUUCCCUGACAGGCUGCUGGUGUUUGUUCUGCAGAAACUGGAGAACAGCAACGAGAGGAACCGUGUGGGUUCUCUGGCGGUCCUCAGACACCUCAUCAACUCCUCCACAUCCAUCAUGGAAAGCAAGAAGCUGCUCAUCCUGGCAAGCAUCCGCCAGCCCCUGGCUGACCACAGCAAUAAGGUGAAGAAGAUGGUUGUCCAAGUGAUCAGUGCCAUGGCUCACCAUGGCUACCUGGAGCUGGACGGGGGAGAUCUGCUAGUGCGCUUCAUCGUCCAGCACUGCGCUCUCCCAGACACGUACUAUCGUGGACAGCGUCCCACAGACCCCGAGGAGGUGACCAAUGAGGCCUUGCGAAGCAUGUGUGACAACACUCUGCACCUGUUCACCACCACAGUGGGACGCCUGACUGAUGUGUUAUGGCCAAUGCUGGUUGGCUACUUGACUCCAGGACUGUAUUCCAACGCCACCACGCCCCUCUGCAAGAGCCUCAUCCUGCUAGCCAAUAAGAAGCGAGCUGCCCAGGAUCCCAACUUCACCAUCGACUUCAGCGCCCCAGGCACCAACCUUCCGUCGCCAUACGUCCUGAUGAUCCGGCUCCUGGUGAACGCUGCCUUCCCGUUCCGCUAUCGCGGGCAUGGCGCCCCCUCCCUCAAUCUGCUCAACCUUCUCUCCCCCAACAUCCACCCCAACGCCGAGGAGGUGUGGGAGAAGGCCAUCCCGCCGCUCCUGGCUCAGCUGGACGAAUCCUCGUCUGACACUAUAGACAAGUACAUCUGGGAAGAUGGUAUACUGCAGCUCUUGUCCAAAACUCUGGUGGCCAUAGCUGAUGACAAGUGGAGCUGUCAGCUGGCCACUGAAGCGACGCGUUAUCUGUCUACCUACAACCACUCCCUGGAGGAGAAGAGUUUCCUGUACAGGUGUAUAGGGAUGACCCUUCAGCAGUGCUACAACAGAGACCUGGUGAAGAAGCAGCUCCAGGAGGUGCUCAUCAGUGUGCGUCACCAUGACGCCAUCGAGAGAGAGGGAGUUGCGAUGGGAGUCGGGCUUUGUGCCAGCAACCAUCUUGAUGCCACUCUGGCGAAGCUGGAGGAGUUUGGGAAAUCGGAUGCCUUCAAAAAAUCCUCGGGGAUCUUCGCUCUGCUCAAAGACAAGAACGAGGUGGACACAGAGAAGAUGAAGAGCACCCUAAUCCUGUGCUACGGCUACGUGGCCCUGAACGCCCCCGAGGACCAGAUCCUCAGCCACAUCGACGGUCAGAUCCUCAAGAGCAUCAGCAAGCACUUCAACACUAAGGUUCUGGGGAUAAAAGUAGAGACCAAGGACAUGACCAUGAAGAUGAGUCUGAUCCAGAGUGUGGGUCUCAUAGCGAAGGCCAUCAGUGGGUGUGUGCGCCGACAGAGCUACCUGUUCGCACGCAAGCAGGAGCUGAUUGGAGUGAUGAUGGACUUUAUAAAAGCAGAAUCCACAGAAGUGAUGAGAACUCCUGUGCGCCACCUCGUCAUGACCACGUGUGCCAACCUUGUUAACUUGGACCCUGUGCUGACGGAGGUUGAUAACUUUGACAUUCUGCGGACCUGCAUGAACAGCGUGUACUGCCUGCCUCCGCUGGACACGCCGGACAAGGGCAAAGAGGACGAGGCCCUGGACCCUCAGCAGCGGGAGGUCUUGUACUCCGAGACGUUCAAAGCUCUGAGUGACCUGUUGCGGAGUGUGUUGGCGCGUGACCUGAGUCCAGAUGGACUUCAGACCGUCUUUAAGCACAUAGAGGGAUGGUUGAGUUCCGGACAGGACCAUGAGCGAGAGAGGGCGAUCCUGACCACACUGGAGAUCCUGCAGUUCUACUUGGAUAGUCUCAAUGUGAAGAACAUGGUGACGUUCCACAACCUGGGCGCUCUGCUGGGCCGGCUGGCCCCCCGCUGCACUGACCCCGUCCCUCUGGUGCGCCGGGCGGCCGUGGACUGCAUCUACACCCUGCUGCACAUCCAGCUGCGCUACGAGGGGUUCUCCCUGGACUACCGGGAUGAUUCAGUGGAGGGCCUGAUCAGCCUGCGGGAGCGGCUGGACAACCCUGACCACGCAGUGCUCUAUAAAACCUGCUCUGAGCUCACCAAGAUCAUCAGUAAGCGCCUGCCGCAGCAGCAACUGAGCACGCUGCUCUUCCUGCUGUUCGAAGGGCUGGUGGACUCCCAGUCCAACUGCUCAAGGGCCUCCAGUGUCAUCCUCAACACACUGAUGAAGAACCGAGGGGCCAGCCUGCAGGACCUGGUCCCCGAGGUUCUGGAGGUGCUUCACACGAGGAUGCAGGUGAUCUCUGAGGAGCAGGUGAAGGUGGCCGUGGCCCAGUCCAUCCUCAUCCUCGCCACGCAGCACCUGCAGACUGUGGUCAGCACGCUCAUCUCCUACCCACUGCCCUUCGACAGCUGGAGCUGUGAGAUGUGGAUCGCUCUCGGAGCGGACAGCACCAUUGCCUCGCGGAUCAUGGAGAUGAUGAUCGAGAAGCUGAACGUUAUGGCUCCUUAUGUGGACAAGAAGGAGUCCAUGAUGAGGCCCGGCCUUACGAAAGUAGCCACCAGUCAGCCGCUAGCUAUGACGUGUGCGCUGAGAGAGUUGAUGCUGAACGGUCAGACGGUGGAGGCGGUGGCGUCUCUGUUCCCGCAGCUGUUCAGCGCUCUGCUGCUGCGCGUGGGCUCCAGCGUUGCCGUGCAGCUGCCCAAGGACAUCAACAGCAACAGCAUCGGCCCCGACAGGAAGGGCCCCUCCAAGAGCACCAUCGCAACCUUCCAUGUGUGUGGGGUGGCUGUGGAGGCGCUGCGGAUCCUGCUGGCUCGUGCCCAGCUGGAGGAGGUGGUCAAGCCUCUGGACCAGGACGGCGCCUGGGACAAGAUGAAGGACCCCCAGCAGCACAUAGAGGGCAUCACUCUCCUGUCCAGAGCCAUGGCCAAGCAUGCAGGGCCCCGUCUCCCUGCCAUCGUGGAGGCCUUGUGUCCCUCCCUCAACAACAUCUACGAGUGCCAGAGAAUCGUCGUCACUGCCUUCUUUGCUGAGCUGCUGAACCACCAUGUGGUGACGGAGCUGAUGAUGAUGGACCUGCUGAUGAACAACAUGAUGGAGCGCAUCUCGGAGCCCUGCUGCACCGUGCGCAUGCUGGCCCUGCGUGGCCUGGGGAACAUCGCCGUGGGCUCCCCCGAGAAGGUGAAUAAAUAUGCCAAGGAGCUGUUGGCAGCCAUGAGUGCUGGGAUGGAGGAGAAGGACGACCCCGGGAAGCACAUCACGCUGGAGGCCAUGUCCGGCCUCUCCAAAGUGCUGCUCUACCUGGACCAGAAGAACGUGCACUUACUGGUGGUCUACAUCUUCAUGAAGAUCAAGCCCUUCCUGGAAAACGAGAGUGAUGAAAUCCGCUGUGCUGCCAUCAUGCUCCUUGGGAACCUGUCCAAGUUUGGCUCAGGAGAACCCGUCUUCAAAGACCAGAUCCACAACGUACUGGUCAGCAUGCUGCUGCACCUUUGUGACCCGAACCAGCAGGUGGUCAAGGCCUGUAAGUACUCCAUGAGGGUGUGUGCUCCCCUGGUGGGCUCCACGCAGAUCACCACCAUGUUCCAGAAGCAUCUGCACGAGGACAAAGGCUUGCACUACGGCGAGUUCGUCAACGAUCUCACCAAAUACCUAAUCCAGGACUUCCCAAACAUGCUGAACUUCUACCACAACACCGUCGUUCAGUUCUUCAAAAGCAACUGGGCCGAUAUCCGUGCUGGCGCUGCCAUGUUUAUCGGCUUUCUCUUGGGGAAUCUUCCAGAGAACCUCUUCAUCCACAUGAACAUGGCAAACGUCACUAGAGGCCUGGUGAUGCUGUUGCAGGACCCUGACCCUAUGGUGCGAGCCAAGGCAGCAGAAGCCAUGGGCCAUUUCCACUGACCACCCUGCCCCUGCCAUGUAGAAUUAGCACUGUUUCUUUCCCUUUAGAGAAGCCCAGAACGUUGGUGGUGUGGGGGUGGGGUGGUGUUGCGUGACUUAAUAAUAAGCCCUUGAAGGAUUUUAGUGACCAAAGAGUGUGUACCAAUUCCGUUCAGACACCCGUAUCCCCAUCAUUCCAUGACCUUGGAGUUCUGUUAAUGAACUAGUUGCCAAAUUGUUUCUGUUUACAGCACAUUAGCAAGAGGAGAUUAGAGUGGUUCGAAGAGUAUGGGGGCAUGCUAGUGUGAGAGAUUAGAGUGGUUAGAAGAGUAUGGGGGCAUGCUAGUGUGAGAGAUUAGAGUGGUUAGAAGAGUAUGGGGGCAUGCUAGUGUGAGAGAUUAGAGUGGUUAUAAGAGUAUGGGGGCAUGCUAGUGUGAGAGAUUAGAGUGGUUAGAAGAGUAUGGGGGCAUGCUAGUGUGAGAGGAGUGUGGGGGUGUGGAGACAUUACCAUCAGAGGCCAUCUAGUGGUUCGAAUGGUCAUUUUCAACCAAUGAGCCAAGUUCAACAUUAACCGGUUGGGAAGCAGCAUGCAGAUUAGUCCCAUUCUCCAACCUGAGCGCUGGAGUCUGCUCCAUGUGGCCAUUCUUCAGAAUGCACCCAAAGUAGCUGCAGCAGGGCAGGCCAUCCUCAGAGCUCAGUGCAGUGACUCACAUCUGAUUCAGGCCUCAGCAGAUUGAGUGACUGAGCGCAUGAGCGCCUCCUGCUGGAGCUGGCUGCACUGCCCAGCGUGGGCUCUCCCCUCUCAGCCCAGCCCUCGGGACACCCUGACCACUGGGGUGGCCUUUGACUGUACAUCAGCACUUAAUCUUAAAAGUCUUAAUGGACAGGGUAGCUUUAGAUGCCUUGUGGCUGUUCUUCAGGCAGUGGUUAUUGGAGAGCCCUCAGCACCUCCAUGUUGCAUGGCCUCCAUGUUUGCACUUGUAUAACGAGGUGCUGGUCAGAAUGUUCGGUGGCUCCACGAGAGUCAGUCAUUCCCCUUCAAGAGCAAAAUGUAACACUGUUGAAGACUUUUCCACGGUUGUAGCAUGGAGCCAAAAUGCUGUGUUGAGGGUCUUGACUGAUGGUCAGUGAUGUGGACCCCGAGUAGGACUUGAUGGCUUUCCCUAAAGAUGUGUAGCUGACGGUGGAUGUUAGAUUACAGACUGACCGCUUAUGCUGCCUUCAAAACUAAAGAGUAGAUCCUGAGACCAGUCCAGCCUGUUGAGAGAGCUGCCAUUGAUCCAGUGCCAAAUAUUUCAUAUCCAUAGAGAAGAAAAUAAGUUACCCUGAGAGUGAUGCAAUAACGUUUGUCAUUUUCAUACUCUGCCUUUAGUGACCUGUCUGCCAUUUUAGAUUUUGUAUCGUCCAGGUUUCCCCACCCCAUUCCGCCCAUCGUCCGUCUGCUGCACUACGUUGUGUGUGGAGUGUGAGUCGGGGUAGAGGAGGCUGCUCCUACUGCAGUCGCUCCCACUGAGCCACUGAACAGUACAUUGCACUUGUCAGCCACCCUGCCCUGUCUGCACACACACACACACACACACACACACCCCUGAAACCCCACAAAUAGAGAGUGUGUGUGUGUGUGUGUGUUUGAUUUUAGUGGUGGGAGCACUUUUCCAUGUACAGGAGAAUGUAGUGUCCUCCUCUUGUGGAUAGCAUGUGUGUGGGUGUUUGAGUUGGUAGAGAUGCUUUAGUAUGUAGAGUAGAGUAGCAUUGGGUGAAGUGGAACUGGGAAGAGUGUUGUGUCCAUCCUUGUGUUCUGUCAUGUUGUUUUCUAUAAUAAUAACGGUACGUAUUAUGAAGAUGUUACUGCUACUCCCCAUGUGAUGGGAUCAGACUACUGAGAGUGAUGGCAAUCGACUCCUUUUAACAAGUAUCAUUAAAGAGAUCAUUCCUGACAA